CACCACGGAACAUUAGUGGAGUUUCAUCGGGUCUGGCCUUGGUGGGUACACUUUAGUCCACUAAGAUGGACAGGAACUGUGUGGAAAUGACCUCUGACGGGACGUGUCUGUGUCACAUCCGUCAGUUGUGAAUUACUGUUAAGUCUCAUAGUUUCACCAGGACAUAGACGGACCCCUACUUUCAUGCUGUGAACAUGUCGAAAAUGCCUGCGAAGAAGAAAAGUUGUUUCCAGAUCACAGUGACCCAAGCUCAGGUGGCAGCCAGUAGCAUCACAGAUGACACCGAGAGUCUGGAGGACCCAGAUGAGUCCCGGACGGAGGAUUUGUCGUCACAAAUAUGUGACGUUUCCCGAGCCGACCAGGGGCAGCAGGAGGUCCAGGCGGCCCCCACAGGUCCCACCAAUGAGGGACCUGCAUCUAAAAGUACUGGCACUGGUCAGACCACCCCACAUAGUUUAGGAGGAAAUGUGCCUUUCCCAGCUCCAGCCUUUGUCCCCAGUCCAGUCCCCACUCUGUCCAGUAGUGUAUGUCCCACAGCUCCAGUCAGCAGCAGUUGUAGUUCCUGUUUCAGGGUGAUUAAACUUGACCAUGGUACUGGAGAACCCUUCAGACGGGGCUGAUGGACAUGCACCGAUUUUUAUGAGAGAGAUUCAGAUUCAAGUAAAACUGUGGACAGCAUUGAACCAAAUGUAAGUCAUGAUCCCACUGUGGACGGGGACAGUGGGCUGCGGACCACCUGUAGCUCUGUGGUUACUUCUAGUGCUUUUUCUGCACAGGCUGUGGACAACACUGUAGAUAGUGGACACUUCGUCACACAGCCCAACCCUUCAGAGCCUCUGCAACAAAGCUACAGCUUGAUUCCUCAAAUAGGGAGUGUAACAAGUGCCUUCCAGCCCACAGGGUAUGCAACAACAGCAUCACAGAAACCACAGGCUAACAUAAUGCAGCCUGUUGCUCCUCAGACCUUUAUGUCCAACAGCCUCAGUGGUGUCCAACAAGGUGCUAUGCAGCAGAAGUCUCCUGUUGUGCCUUUCAUCACUGAGCGUCUCACUCUGACUGCUCCUGCUGUCAACACCCUAUUUGGCAUUUCCAUUAGCAUGGAUGGAGAUGACGACAGUUCAUCUGGUGACAGUGUUGUCGCCAUCGAUAACAAGAUUGAACAGGCUAUGGACUUGGUGAAGAGUCAUCUGAUGUACACUGUCCGUGAGGAGGUGGAGGUUCUAAAGGAGCAGAUCAAGGAGCUGUAUGAGAGAAACUCCGUUUUAGACCGGGAGAACGUCGUUCUGAAAUCACUGGCCAACUCAGAGGAGCUGGGUCAGCUGUCCAAUCAGCUGAGUCAACUGUCCAAUCAGCUGGGUCAGCUGUCCAGUCAGCUGAGUCAGGACAGCAGCACGCCGUCACCGCUUCAACAGCAGCAGCAACAACAUCCGGCUUCAACCAACAGCCCCAGCACCAGCCCACACCCACUACGAGGGUGCCCAGAGUGUCCCACACCAGCCCAACAUCACCUCAGCAUGAGGCCCCCCAGACACAUGCAGGCCUGUGCAUCAGGAGGACAUCUACCACUGGACAGUCUUCUUCUGCUCCUGUGCUGCCCCCCCCCAUAA